GAAAACACUUACACGAUGGCUUUCAAAAUCGCGUGCGUAGUCUUAGCUCUGGCAGUGGCCGCUCUCGGUCACCCCCAGUAUGGCGGUAGCGGCGGUUAUGGAGGUAGUCAAGGCGGUCACAGUGGCCACGGCAGUCAUGGCAGUCAGGGAGGACAGGGUCAGCACGGGCAAAGUAGUUUUCAACAAGACCAAGGUUUUGGACAAGGAGGAUUAGGCGGACAAGGUGGUCAUGGACAGGGUGGUUUCGGACAGGGUGGUCAAGGCCAGGGCGGUUUCGGACAGAGUGGCCAGGGCGGUUUCGGACAACAGGGUCAGCACGGCUCUCACGGUGGUUACGGACAAGGAGGUCAGGGAGGUUUUGGUCAAAACAGCGGUUUCGGACAAGGCGGACAAAGCGGCCAAGGAGGUUUUGGACAACACGGCCAGGGUGGUUACGGUGGCAGCCAUGGCAGCCAGGGUGGAGGAUACCAGCAACACGGAUACUAAAGAAGAUCUAACUUGCACCUGCAAAACCUAAUGAAAUUACUACUUAUUAGCAUAAAUAAUCCUCAGUACGAGUAUUUUAGUUUUAUAUUCAAACAUAAAACAACAUCGUCAAGGAAUCAGCCGUACAAGGCUUGUCCGAUAACCCACCAGAAUUUGUUUUUUAAACAGAUAUUGUUAAAACUGUAAAUAAAUGUAAUAACAAUCA